AUGUCUAGAAAAGAUCUCUCCCUCAAGGAAAAAAUUGCGAUUUUAGACAAAGUGAAAUCGCUACCUCCAGGCACUUCACAACGUAAAAUUGCUGAAAAAUUAUGCGUUCCGAAAUCAACGGUGGCGAAACUGCUCAAAGAAGAAGUCAUUUUACGCGAAAACUUCAAUUCAACUAAAACUGGUAAUCAAAAACGUAAACGAGAAGGGAAAGAUCCCGAAGUUGACGAGGCUUUAAGUGAGUGGUUUUCAUUGAUAACAAGUCGCGGUGUUCGCGUGUCUGGGCCAAUGUUAAAAUGUAAAGCCGAAGAAUUAUCCCGGAAAAUUGGUAACUAUCAGUUUAUUGCAGUUUAUAUCAGGUUAAGCAGGUGGAAGAAUAGACACGAGAUAAAAUUCAAACGUGUACAUGGUGAAAAAGCAAGUGCUGAUGAAUCCGCCUCUAAUGAUUGGAAAGUUGACAGGCUAAAAAUAAUUUUGAACGACUUUUCCCCAGAUAACAUAUUUAAUGCAGAUGAAACUGGACAUAAUUAUCGAGCGACACCCGACGGUUCUUUAUGUUUUAAAAAAGAAGUUCUAUCUGGUUCAAAAAAAGCAAUGGACAGGAUUACAGUUUUGUUAUGUGUCAAUAUGACCGGGAGUGAUAAAAGAAAGCUGCUAGUAGUGGGGAAAAGCUUAAAACCUCGAUGUUUUAAAAAUAUGUCUAUAAAUAAAUUGCCAGUGCAUUACCAUGCGAAUAAAAAUGCAUGGAUGACUUCAACCAUAUUUUCAAACUGGCUAUGUGAAUGGGAUAAAGAAUUGCAAACAAAAUCUAGGUCCAUACUUCUUCUUAUUAAUAACUGUGCUGCACAUCCAAAAAACGUUCAACUCAAAAACAUCACUUUAGAAUUUUUGCCACCAAAUACCACAUCCUUAAUCCAACCCUUAGAUAUGGGUAUUAUCAAAAACCUCAAGGUGAGAUAUAGAACGAAACUAGUUCAUUUUAUUCUAGAAAAGAUAGAGGAAAACCUAUUUGAACCAUCUACAACUGCUAAUCAAAUAAGUGGCAAAAUAAACAUAUUGCAAGCGAUACAGUUUGUAACCGAGAGUUGGCGAGAAGUUAGCUGCUCAACUAUUAUGAAUUGUUUCACUCAUUGUGGAUUUUCUAAUUUUAUUGGUCCACAACCUGAGUUGACUGAAUUGGAUGAACAAUUUUUGUUUGUUCAAAACCAUAACGAAUUUGGAAACAUUGAUGAAAAUUGUAACGAGACAAAACGGGAUGCCAUCUGGUGA